AUGACGUGUUUCACCUGCUGCGAAGGCGUCAGCGCGCGUCUGUUGUUCCUCACCGCCUGCGCCAUCAUCGAGUACCUGUCGCAGAGCGUCGUGCUCGUGCUCGCGCCAAUGGUAGCGCUGCACUUCUACCCCGACACGUCGUUCGCCCGUCUCGGCUUCUACACGGCCAUCCUCUCGGGCUCGGGCUUCCUCGGCCACGCGCUCAGCUGCAGCUUCUGGAUCAACGCCGCGCGGUCGCUCCAGAGCAGCAAAGGUGUCAUUCUGUGGGGGUUGGCGGUCACUGGCGCGGGGUUCUUCAGCCUGCUCCUGUGCAAGAGCCUUGUAGCCAUGUCGCUCGUCCGGUUCGCCACGGGGCUCAGCAGCGGCGCGUCGCCCGUGGCGCUCAUUGAGGUCGACAACAUCUGCGGCAGUCGACAGACAAAGUUGGCGCUCGUGGCGAAAGCACUCGGCGCUGGCCUCGGCGCUGCGGGGACGUUUGCGUUGAUUACGCUCGGCACGAGACUGUCCAAGCGCUCGGAAGACGAAGACGACGACUUGGCAGCACGGGACGCGGCGCUGUAUGUCUACCCCUUUGGCGCCGUGUCGAUCCUCGCGUGGAUUGCAGUGACCGUCAUGCUCGUGGCGCUGCGGCUGCGGGGCCGGACGACGUCGUACACGCAGCUCGCGGAAGACGACGACGAGUUUCUGAACUUUAUGCCGCAGGGCCCGAGCGACGCACCGGCGGCGCUGCGCUCGUCGACGAGUGCCAUCACGAGCAGCACGUGCAGCAGUGACGGUGGGAGUCCGCUGGGCCCGACGCUUGCGCACGUCAAGUCGGUGUUUGACGAGGCCUUUGGACGGACGGCCAUGAGCUUGGGGAUCAAGAAGGCCAUGGCGUCGCCGACCAAGAUGGCGGCCAUCACGAUGCUGGCAACGCCGCAGCCGCACUUUCGACUCAUCCGCCGCAUUCUGCCGCACUACUAUCACGGCUACACGUCGGACGGCCACCUGGUCGUGUGGGACUUUGUGGGCCGAGUCAACAUGGACAAACUCAAUGCUGCGGGCUACACGACGUCGGACCUGCGCGACCAUUACCACUUCUUCAUGGCCUUUGCGCAGGAAAUGUUGCUGCGCACGUCGACACAAAAGAUCGUCUACGUCGUGGACCUCGACGGCCUCUCGCUCGGCGACGCCGACGUACGCGCCGUGGACGGCGUCUGUGCAGUGAUCAAGACGUUGCAGCGCGAGCUGCCGAACCGCCUGCAAGUCCUUGCAGUGCUCAAUGCGCCCGUAUGGUUCUCGCAGGUCAUGAAGCGCAUCCGGCCGCAUCUGGCGAAGCGCACAGCGGACAAAGUGUCGUUUCUGUCCACGGAGAGCGCCACUCGAGAUUUGAUUGCGCUCAUCGGCGUCGACAGUCUGCCGCAACGCUACGGGGGACGCAAUGGCGUGGAGAUUGGUAAGAGCGCACAGGAACGCUCGCUGGACGCGUUGCUCAAGCGGACGACUGCGCCGCUGGAACGCACGAUCGAAAUCGUCGGCACUCCGCGAUCGCGGCGCCUCAGCGUUGGCCGCUCGCAGACCAGUACUGGCCACUCCAUCAUAAGUGACGACGACGGCAGCGACGAAGAGGCGUUCUUUGACUGCUCGGAGUACGGGUUGCAAGGCGUCGAAGACGUGGAGGACCAGGAGCCAGAGAUCUCAGUGGUCGUUGUCUCGCAGUCCACCGUCUCGCCCAAGACUGAAGCCGUUGCUCGCAGCAGCAGCGCUGCAACGUCCGGGACGUACCAGUCGCUGGCGAAAAAGCCCGUGAAAGCAGCUCGACCGUCAGCAAACCCCGCACCUUUGGCCACGCCUGAACUCGCGAUCACGCGCGAGCCGCUGACGUGUCUGGUUCUGCUGCUGUACUUCUUCUGGUCGCUGGUGCAGCUGAGUUUCGACGAGAUGCUCCCGCUGUGGUUCUUCAAGCACAACGCGACUGCACCUGACGAGGGCGUGCACGCUGAGCCGCCGUCGUUGCGCUCGACCGUGUCGUCUAUCACGCUGCUCGUGUCGGGCUCGCUGGCCUCGUUGUCGCUGGCGGUUCUGCUCGGCCAAACAGCGGCUGCGUUCAUCUGCUCGUCUGCGCGGAACGUCAUGACGCCGCUGGCCACGCUGCGCAUUGGGUUGCUCGUCCAAGUGCCGAUCCUCGGCUGCUUCCCGCUGCUGCAUCGCUUCAAGGUGGACGUGCUGCCGUUUGCGUAUGUGCUGGUGGUCGCAGUGCUUGCGCUCAAGCAGCUGCUUGCAGGCGUGGCGCUGCACGGGAUCAUGGCGCUCUUGGACAACUCGGUCGUGGUGGACCGACGGCUGGCAGUGCACCGCGCUUCCCAACGCGUGCGGUACGUGGCGCACUUUGUCGCAAGCGCAGCGGCGCCCGCGCUCUUUGCGCUCUUGGGCUACUUCGACCAGGCGUUCCCGUUCGACCAGAGUCUGCUGUACUUUGUCCAGGCGCUAGGACUCGCGUUCCUCUUGUGCUUCUCCAUUGCCGUCCCGAGUCGCUUGAACUUCCCCGUGCUCUUUAGCAGGGGCAAGCGGUGA